GAGAAAAGUUCACGUUGUCUUUCGGGAGUGGGUGGGGGGAGCUGGCAGGAUUUUUGUUUGAUCAACUUCGCGCUUAGCUUCUGUGAGGGAGAGACGCUCAGAGGAAGAGCCGGGAGCCCUGGGCUGCAUAAACAAGGAAAGCGGGAGUCCAUCUAAGCAAAGCUGGAAGGAUUUCACCUUGUUGCUGUUUGUUUCGGGAGAUUUUUCCCUUUCCCCUCUCCCUGGACACUAUUCAGCUGAGGGUUUGUUUCGUUGCUGCUUCCAGAGCCGGCCAGAAGAGAAGAGCUUUCCAUAUUAGAGGUUAUUUUUGUCGUGGUCUCCCUGCAAGAAAGAGAUCAGCACCAAUCUUAGAGGAGGGAGAUACGAUCAACUAAGGUUUUCCCUACCUCCGGCUGAACGUGAGAGUUCAAGUGACACCGCCACUGGCCCCUGGCUGCACAGCGAGCCGGAAUCACAGCCAGAGCUGCUCAAUUUACCUGCUCGAGGACCCUUCAAACCCUUCUAUUGACGGUAGAGAUUUGUAUCCACAGGAAAAUCGGAUUAAUAUAAACUAUGCAGAGCUUUGUGGGGAUAUCUGGAGACUACCCUGUCUGCAUGGCUAAUCUUGAAAUUGUCUGAAAUAAAUCCUUAGCGCAAGGAAUAGGGAGAUACUUUCAAUUAGGUUGGUGGUUGUUUUUUGUUUUUUUUUCCUUGACGCUUUUUUUUUUCCCUUCAGCGAGAAUUUAACACUUCUAUCGCAAGGUUUUUGUAGGAGAAUGGGACACAUGCUGGGAAACUCAUCACGCCUCAUAGAAAUCACAGGGCUAACAGUUUCCAUCACCGUUGCGGUAUGAAAGGUGCACUUUGGAUUGUCUGCUGGUGGCUGAGAUGGAUCAGUCUUUCUAUGUUUCUGCUAGCAAUGUGCUGAAGGAUCCGGAUUUACUGAAAUACUAAAGCCCGCAAACUUACUCCCUCUCUGUUGAAGGCAUUGGAUGUGUCAGUGCAGAGAAACAUGUGUUUCACAUUUCUGACUGCUUGUUUUCGUGCAAUCAAUACCUCCACGAGAAACAUGGACAUAGCUGGCGAUUACCAUACCGGGAGGCACAGAGGGUGCUGCUUUCGGGUUGCAUGCAAAGUGAGCACAAAUCCAAGAGUCCGGCGUUCCUGUGAAGUGGGGGCUUCUCUUCCCCCCAAACUCCGGGGCAAAGGCAGCAGGCGGUGUUCCCAGCCCACCAAAGAGAGCCCGGCCUCGGGGUGCGGAAUGAGCAAUGACCAAAGCGCUGGCAGGAGUGGCAGGCAGUCGGAUCUGAUGGGGAUCAGUGAGUCAAUAACUGUUGAAAGAAAGGUGGAUCGUGAAAUUUAUGCCCGGAGGAAUAGCAGGCGAGGCGGAAUGAUGAUAAAGUUAAACUUCUGUUUCAUCUUCUGGAGGGGAUGGUGGGCGUUUCUGUUGCUUCAGCUCCACAUGUUGCAAGCACUGGCACAAGGUGAUGUUGCCCCAUACUUCAAGACUGAACCAGGCUUGCCCCAGAUCCACCUGGAAGGGAACCGACUGGUCCUGACGUGUCUUGCUGAAGGCAGCUGGCCCUUGGAAUUCAAGUGGUUGUGCAAUGGCAGUGAAAUAACCACCUACUCCAGUGAAUACAAGUAUAUCAUCCCAGCUUUGAGGAAGGCUGAUGCUGGCUUUUAUCAGUGUGUUGUACGCAACAGGAUGGGAGCGUUGCUGCAAAGAAGAGCUGAAGUUCAAGUAGCAUACAUGGGAAAUUUCAUGGACUCAAACCAGAAAAAAAGAGUGACUCAAGGACAAGCUGCAGUUCUAAACUUCCCAGACAUACUCAGCUAUCCAAGGCCACAAGUGACAUGGUUUAGAGAUGGACACAAGAUUAUACCAAGCAGCAGAAUAGCCAUCACACUGGAGAACCAGCUGGUCAUCCUGGCAACAUCAGUGACGGAUGCAGGAGGCUACUAUGUCCAGGCAGUCAAUGAAAAGAAUGGGGAGAACAAGACAAGUCCCUUUAUUCAUCUCAGCAUAGCAAGUGCCACGGAACCUCCUGACACCGCAGCUCCUGUCAUUGUCAUCCCACCCCACAACACCAGCCUGGUAGCAGGGAGCAACGAGGUCACCCUGGAGUGUGUGGCCAAUGCAAGACCUCUAGAGAGAUUAAGCCUGACCUGGAAGAGAAAUGGAAUAAAGAUAACCAGUGGCAUCAGCAGUUUUGGGAGACGACUCACUAUAACCAACCCAACCUCUGCUGAUGUGGGGAUGUACUUCUGUGAAGCAAAACUGAGAGACAGCACAGAGGAACCUGCCAGAGCAAAAGCUUUCCUUUCUAUAAUGGAACCACCAUAUUUUACGGCUGAGCCUGAAAAAGUGAUUUUGGCUGAAGGGGAGAAGGAUGUGGACAUCCUGUGCCAAGCCAUGGGUGUUCCCAUUCCCACCCUGGAGUGGUAUAAGGACUCUGUUCCUCUCAGCAAGCUGGAAAAUCCUCGCUACAAAGUCCUGCUGAGUGGGGGGCUGAGGAUCCACGCCCUGCGUCCUCAGGAUGCUGGAAUCUUCCAGUGUUUUGCUAGUAAUAAAGCUGGGGAGAUACAGACCUUCACCUACCUGGAUGUAACUAACAUUAAACCAGCAUUUAUUCAGCCUCCAGAGGAUACCACUGUUACAGAGGGAAUGACUGCAGUGCUAACCUGUGAAGUCUCAGGGGCUCCAAAACCUGCCAUCUCAUGGAAGAAAGGAACCCAAAUCUUAGCCAGUGGCUCCGUUCAGAUUCCUCGGUUCCUUCUUCUGGAGUCUGGAGGGCUCCAGAUAACCCCUGUGUUCCUGCAGGAUGCUGGCAAUUAUACUUGCUGUGCAGUCAACUCUGAAGGAGCUCUGAAUGCUUUUGUGAUGCUGACAGUGUGGAAUCGCACUUCCAUCGUGCAGCCUCCCGAGGAUAGCACCGUGAUCAAGGGAACCACAGCCACUCUGAGAUGUGAAGCAACUCAUGAUCCUAGAAUUUCAAUCAGGUAUGUUUGGAAGAAGGACAGUGUCAUAAUAAAUCCAUCCAGCAGUUCUAGGAUCACAGUAGAGAAAGAUGGAACCCUCUUCAUCAGCCAGACAUGGUCAGGUGACAUUGGAGAUUAUACCUGUGAGGUCCUUUCUGUUGGAGGAAACGACUCCAGAACAGCUCGACUAGAAGUGAUUGAGCUGCCUCAUUCCCCCCAGAAUCUCCUGGCCACUCUGAAUUCCUCCUACAGCCGCAGCGUGAUGCUCUCCUGGGUGCGUCCCUUUGAUGGCAACAGCCCCGUUCUCUACUACAUGGUGGAGCUCUCUGAGAACAAUUCUCCCUGGAAGGUUCACCUAUCCAAUCUUGACCCAAAGAUGACCGGGGUCACUGUGAGCGGACUCACUCCAGCCCGAACCUACCAGUUCAGGGUCUGUGCAGUUAACCAGGUGGGAAAGGGCCAGUACAGCUCUGAAACCAGCAGGCUGAUGCUACCUGAAGAGCCCCCCAGUGCCCCACCUAAAAACAUAGUGGCCAGUGGACGUACCAAUCAGUCCAUCAUGGUCCAGUGGCAACCUCCUCCUGAGAGUGAACACAAUGGGGUUCUGCAUGGGUACAUCCUCAGGUAUCGCCUGGCCGGUCUCCCUGGAGAAUACCAGUAUAAGAACAUCACCAGUGCAGAAAUUAACUACUGCUUGGUGAAAGACCUCAUCAUUUGGACCCAGUAUGAAAUCCAGGUGGCAUCUUAUAAUGGAGCUGGGCUGGGAGCAUUCAGCAGACCUGUGACAGAGUACACUUUACAGGGAGUGCCUACAGCUCCACCACAGAACGUGCACGUCGAAGCCCUGAACUCCACAACCAUCCAGUUCCUCUGGAAUCCUCCACCCCAGCAGUUCAUCAAUGGUAUUAACCAAGGGUACAAGCUUCUAGCAUGGCCAGUGGAUGCUCCAGAGACUGUGACUGUGGUCACCAUUGCUCCAGAUUUUCAUGGUGUUCACAGUGGCUGCAUCACCAACCUGAAGAAAUACACCACUUAUUACACAUCAGUGCUGUGUUUCACCACACCUGGAGAUGGACCACGAAGCACCCCCCAGCUCCUGCGCACCCUUGAAGACAAGCCAGGAGCUGUGGGACACCUGAGCUUCACUGAGAUUCUGGACACAUCUCUCAAGGUCAGCUGGCAAGAACCUAUAGAGAAAAAUGGCAUAAUUACAGGCUACCAGCUCUCCUGGGAGGUGUAUGGCAGGAAUGAAUCUCGUCUCACCCGCACACUUCCCAACACAACACUGGAGUACAAGAUCACAGGGCUCUCAUCUCUCACCACCUACACCAUCGAGGUGGCAGCCGAGACUGCAAAAGGCAGUGGCUGGGUCACAUCCUCCACCAUCUCGUCUGGUGUACCCCCAGAACUUCCAGGUGCUCCAUCCAACCUGGUGAUCUCCAACAUCAGCCCUCGCUCUGCCACGCUCCAGUUCCGGCCAGGAUAUGAUGGCAAAACCUCCAUCUCCAAGUGGAUAGUUGAAGGCCAGAUUGGUGUCCUGGGUGAUGAAGAAGAGUGGGUGACUCUUCAAGAGGUAGAGAAUGAACCUGAUGCUCAGAUGCUGGAAGUACCAAACCUUACUCCUUACACUCAUUACAGGUUCCGGAUGAGGCAGGUGAACGUGGUGGGUCCCAGCCCCCUCAGCCAUCCCUCCAGGGUCAUCCAAACACUUCAAGCCCCUCCAGACGUGGCCCCUGGCAGUGUCACCGUGCGCACGGCCAGCGAGACCAGCCUGUGGCUACGAUGGGUGCCCCUCCCCGACACGCAGUACAACGGCAACCCGGAGUCGGUGGGGUACAGGAUCAAGUUCUGGCGUGUGGAUCUGCAAUCUCCCACCCUGACAAAGGUUAUUAAUGAUCGGUUGGAAAGAGAAUACACGAUUGAAGAGCUGGAAGAGUGGACAGAAUAUGAUCUGCAGAUCCAGGCUUUCAAUGCCAUCGGGGCAGGACCGUGGAGUGAAGUAGUGAGAGGUCGGACGAGGGAGUCCGUUCCCUCUGCUCCUCCUGAGAAUGUGUCUGCUGAAGCUGUGAGUUCCACCCAGAUCCUUCUGACAUGGACUGCAGUCCCUGAGUCCGAGCAGAAUGGUCUCAUCCUGGGUUACAAGAUACUUUUCAAAGCAAAAGAUUUUGACUCUGAACCCAAGAGCCAAACAGUCCGAGGGAACCACACUCAGUCUUUCCUGCUGUCCAGCUUGAGGAAAUUUGUGCUCUAUGAGAUCCAGGUAUUGGCCUUCACUCGUAUUGGAGAUGGAGUCCCCAGCUCUCCUGCAGUCACAGAAAGAACCAAGGAUGAUGCCCCUGGGCCCCCCGUGAGGCUGGUGUUCCCCGAGGUGAGACUGACAUCUGUACGGAUUGUUUGGCAGCCUCCGGAGGAGCCCAAUGGAAUCAUUCUGGGGUACCAGAUUGCUUACCGCCUGGCCAGCAGCAGCCCUAAUAAAUUCACAACGGUGGAGGUUGGCUCAACAGUCAGGCAAUUUACUGCCACAGAUCUCACCCCUGAGUCUGCAUACAUCUUUCGAACCUCUGCCAAGACCAGGCAAGGCUGGGGGGAGCCUCUGGAAGCCACGGUGAUCACAACAGAAAAAAGAGAACGACCAGCACCUCCCAGGCAGCUGAUGACCCCCCAGAGUAAUGUCUCAUCCCGGAGUCUGCUGCUCAAGUGGGUCCCUGGAAGCGAUGGAUCUUCUCCCAUUCGAUAUUUUACAGUCCAAGUGCAAGAACUGCCAAAUGGAGACUGGCAAACCUACUCCUCUUCCAUCAGCCACGAGGCAACAUCCUGCAUUAUUGAGAGCUUGAACCCAUUCACCUCUUACAAACUGCGAGUGAAAGCAACCAACGACAUCGGGGACAGCGACUUCAGCGCAGAGACGGAGGCAGUGACAACUCUGCAGGAUGUUCCAGGUGAACCACCCAGUUCUGUGUUGGUAACUCCACACACGACUUCAUCUGUCCUUGUACAGUGGCAGCCUCCCAAAGCUGAGAGUCUCAAUGGUUUGCUGUUGGGAUACCGGAUCUACUAUCGGGAGCUGGAUUAUGAGACUGGAUCUGGAACAGAAUCCAAAGCCAUCCAGAACCCUUCAGCUUUAAGAGCAGAGCUCACACCCCAAAGCAGCUUCAAGACAGUGAACAGCAGCUCUGCAUUAACGACGUAUGAAUUAACACAGCUGAAGAAAUACAAGAGAUAUGAAAUACUAAUGACAGCAUAUAAUGUAAUUGGUGAGAGCCCUACCAGCACACCAGUGGAAGUGUUCGUGGGUGAAGCAGCACCAGCCCUGGCCCCACAGAACAUCCAAGUAAACUCCCUUUCUGCAAGCCAGCUGGAGCUCACCUGGGACCCCCCUCCUGCCGACAGCCAAAAUGGGAACAUCCAAGGCUACAAGAUUUAUUAUUGGGAAAGCGACACCCAAAAUGACACAGAGAAAGUGAAGGUCCUUUUUCUCCCAGAGACAACCGUCCGGCUCAAAAACCUGACAAGCCACACGCGGUACAUGGUCUGCAUCUCUGCUUUCAAUGCAGCUGGGGAUGGCCCCAGGAGCACCCCCUCGCUGGGCAGGACACACCAGGCAGCACCCAGUGCUCCCAGCUUCUUGGUAUUCUCUGAAAUCACUUGCACUACACUCAAUGUGUCUUGGGGCGAGCCGACAGCAGCAAAUGGAGUCCUGCAGGGUUAUCGAGUGGUCUAUGAGCCUUUGGCUCCUGUCCAGGGGGUGAGUAAGGUGGUGACUGUGGACAUAAAAGGAAAUUGGCAACGUUGGUUGAAGGUCAGAGAUCUCACCAAGGGCAUGACCUAUUUAUUCAGAGUGCAAGCCCGAACCAUUGCCUAUGGACCUGAACUGCAAGCCAAUGUCACAGCUGGGCCAGCAGAAGGGUCUCCUGGGUCCCCCCAGGAAAUUCUGGUGACAAAAUCUGCUUCUGGAUUGACACUGCAAUGGACUGAAGGUGAUUCAGGAGAAAAACCUACAACUGGCUACAUCAUUGAGGCAAGACCCUCAGAUGAAGGACUAUGGGACAUGUUUGUGAAGGACAUCCCUCGCAGUGCUACCUCCUACACAGUUGGCCUGGACAAACUCAGACAGGGUGUGACCUACGAAUUUCGGGUGGUGGCUGUCAAUGAAUUUGGCUAUGGAGAACCAAGUGCUCCCUCUGUGGCAGUAUCAGCACAAACAGAAGCCCCUUUCUAUGAGGAGUGGUGGUUUCUGCUGGUGAUGGCUCUCUCAAGUCUGAUCCUCAUCCUCCUGGUGGUGUUUGCAUUGGUCCUGCAUGGCCAGAGCAAGAAGUACAAGAACUGCAGCACAGGUAAAACCAUCUCCAACGUGGAGGAGUCAGUCACCCUGGAUAACGGAGGCUUCACUGCUCUGGAGCUCAACAGCAGACACCUGAACAUCAAGAGCACCUUCUCAAAGAAGAAUGGAACCAGGUCUCCUCCUCGCCCAAGCCCGGGGGGGCUGCACUACUCUGAUGAAGAUAUCUGCAACAAGUACAAUGGAGCUGUGCUGACUGAGGGCUUGGGCCUGAAUGAGAAGCCCUUAGAAGUAUCAGAGUCAGAGGCCACUGACUCAGAUUAUGAAGACGAGUUGCCCAAACACUCCUUUGUCAACCAUUACAUGAGUGACCCCACGUACUACAACUCCUGGAAGCGGCAGCAGAAAGGGGUGAAGCACCCAGCACCCUACAGAUACGAGGAGUGUGCUGCCAGUGAGACAGAACCCUAUUUCCAGACUGUCAUCACGACACAGAGCUCAGGAGGGGUGUACACCCCAACGGGACAGCCCGCACCCGGCUCCCGGACUCCAGUGACAGGUUUUUCCUCCUUCGUUUGAGACGGGGCUGGAGGAUCUGGUGGCACUGCUGGUGGCACUUCUGGUGGCACUUGGAGGGAGCUGUCACGGUGACUGCGUGCGUGUGUGCGUGUGAACUGUGGGGAACUUCUCUAUCAGGGUAGAAACAGAUGGGAACACAAACGAGGAUGGGGUUGUUGUUUUGGUUUGUUGGGUUUGUUGUUUGUUAUUUUCUCAAGACAAUCAACUCGAAAAAAAAACAUGGAGCUGAACCUUUGUUUAAAAGAAGAAAAAAAUGGAAUUCUGAAAAGUGAUGAUUUUAACCACUUGUGAAUAGUAGGGGUUUUUUAACUGCUUUUUGUAACACUGCUUCAGGAAGCAGAUCCCAUGCCCUUCUCUUCCCUCUUUCUUUCUCUCCCCUCCUCCUGUCUCCCCAUUCCCAAACAAGGAGGUGAAUUCCCUAGAUGCAAUGAGUGACUUUGUGAUGUGAUUUGAAGAGAAAACAACGCCUCCCAGGCUCCUUUUUCUUCCUUCUUCUCUAUUCUUUUUCUUUUAUUAAUGUUAUUAUUUAUUUCAUUUUUCCCCUGUCAUCAAGGUCAAGUAGGAAAAUAUAGAAAAGGCACAAUUUUUUCUGUGAAAAGCAGACACCUCCUCUCUCCUCUCCUCAUUGUUGCUCCCCACAUUAGGAGCACUGGCUGAUCAACUUAAGCUCAAUGUGUCACUGUGUCUGCUCCAGACUCACUACUGCUAUGUUUAUAUGGAAUUACUGACCUGCUUUUCUCCUUUGUUCAAAUGGGACCUGCUGCAUUCUUUAAAUAUUCCAAUUCCAGGACCUCUAGAAGAGGAGAUGGCUCAAAAGAGCACUGUAGGCAGCGGUGGGUGAAGCAAGUGGGAAGAAUUCAGAUGCAAGGUCAGUUUAUUUCUGGUGUGGUUCUAAUCCUCCCUUGUGAACUGCCUGUGACAUCUGAAUGGGUCAUUAUUUUUAAAGUCAAAGGACACAGCCCAGCAAGCCAGAGGAAUCUUUCAAUUAAGUUUGCAGUGACAAGCUAGAGAAUCCACUAAUUGAUGAGAGUUUUGAGCAUCAAAGUUAUCCUGCCCUGUCAAUAGUUGAGCAUCCUUUCUCACACAGACUCUGCAGUGCUGCUUACUGGUCUGUAAAAAAGUACAUGGUGGUUGCAUUUGUCUGAUUUUUUUUUUUUUUAGGACAAAGACACAUCAUGCAGACUGGGUGAGUUCUGGUGUCCACAGGUGCCUUUUAUUGAUUCUUCAGCUUCAUAUCUGGGAGAAGCAACAAAGUGUCUCCAAAUAAAGCUAAUGAGGUUUUUCAAGCAUUAGGGUCAUGAAUUACCUUGUGCACGUUUACAGUCUGCCUUGUGCACUCGAAGCUACAGCCUUUGGAAAGAAGAGGGGAGGGGAGAUUUUUAGCUCAUUUUCCAUCCCUUUGUAUAGCUCCCUUUUUGUUUUCUUCUUUUCUGUCCUUUUCCUGAGUCUGUCACGUUUAGCAGCAAGUUGUUUACUCAAAAGAGAGGUUGUCAGGGGCUUAAAGAAUCCAAGCCCUUGGACCUAUCAGCAGUCCUGGAUCACCAGGCUUGUCACUGCCAGAGUCACUGAAUUCAGAAGUAGGCAAGUCUCUGUCACUCCAAGCAUCUGGCAUUUCCUCCCAGGUGGGUUUAGGUCAACCAGAAAAAUUGGUAUCCUGCAGUUUGCCAACCUCACAUCAGGUCACAUGUGGAUUGUUACUAUUGCAAACUGUCCCUGUCCUCCCUGGGUGUGGGUGUCUUCAAGGCUUGUUGCUGAAAGGAACCUGGUGUUGGUUACAGUGGCUGUCCCUGCCCAGGGAGGGCUGGUUAGAAGUAGCCUGGUGGUACCUCACCUGAACAGGUGAGGUUCAAGAGCAGGCUCAUCCCUGCUGUCACCUUUCUUCUUGGACAGGGCAGGUGAUCUCAGAACUUCUUUUACUCCAGGGCACUGUCUCUGAGCAUUGCUGCUCUUGGUGCUCACAGAUUCUGGAUAGCUUUGGCACUGGAUUGCUGUUCUUCUCCAAAGGCUCCAGAAAGAAAAAAGUUCAAAACCAAAAACUCCAGUGGGUGUGUUUAAGGGCUUUUGAGUUUGGGAUAAUGAUCCACAACUCAUUAGAUGGCAAGAGAUGUGCAAAGACAAGGGCUUGAGCCAAAACCCUGUGAGCCAUCCCCCUCUCUGCACCUGGGUAGGAUGUGUGUGGGAUGAAGAAGGAGCUCCAAAGAGGAUGACAUGGAGCUUAUUGUGAAGAGGAAUGCAAAGCAAACAAAAACCCCACUGCCUUCUGUGCACUUUGACUGUUCUCUUAAGCCAUAUUGACUUUGCUUUAAUUACUGAACUGACAAAAAAUUGUUUGCAGUCUGAGUUUUCUGUUUCUUAGCCAAAAUUAUCUAUGUGACUUUCUGAUUUGUUUUCUUUCUCCUUUAUUUCCUGCAUCAGAUUACAUAUUUUAAACACCUUGUUUUAUAUACACGAAACAUAGCAAUGCAAUGCUGUUGGAAUUUUAAUGGUGCUUAUCCAACAGGUGUGUAAGGUAGUGCUACAGGAGGAGCCUUUCAAGGACCACUAAGGACUUAGAGAUGUAAACUAGUAGAAAGUAGAUCAAACACAUCUUGCUCCAAAGGAAAGUGCAAUCCAAGUAGUUCCACAUCUCCUGAAUAUUGCCAGAUCUGAACUGGUGUAAGGUGCAGUUACUCCCUGGGGCUGAUCUGAUACCACACUGAGCUAAAAAAGCAAGGAAACCAUGGAGGAUAAAGGAAAUGGACUCUGUGGCCACUGCUCUACUGAAUGACAACACAGGGCAUAGCACAAUCUACACAAAGAGAGAAGUGAUUAUUCCUUUUUUCUCAGAGCCAUCUGCGACAAAAAAGCCUGAGCCUCCUUGGGGCCUGCUGGGUUGGCUGUGUGGCCCUUUUCUUCUGACUGCUGCCAAAAUAAAAGGUUAGGUGUGAUUCCCUUAGGACCUGUUGAUCCAAACAAUGGUAUUUCUCCUCCAUUCCAGUGCCCACUGUUGUCACUGUCAGUUUGGUUUUGUUGGUUUCUGUUACAUCUGGGUUUAUUUUACUUAAAUAACUGCAGAGGAUGGAAGGGCACUGCCCUGCUCCCCCCUCAGCUGGGCAUAGGAUUAUGGCUUCUGCUGCUCAGGAUCCUGUAAAGCUACAUGCAUGAUGCCUGUGCCUUCUUGUUAGCAUGCUGUACUUGUAAAAUAUGACUCCUGGGUAGGUUCUUAUUUACCUUAGAUGUCAGGUAAAUUGUUCUGUCUGGAAGGAAACCAUCAGCUGGCAAGAAAUCUCUCUUUCAUAACUGUAAUCUUUGGGAAUCACAGCUUUGAAAUACGAUUUCUAAACAGUAGUUGUCAUGUUACAGUAACUUCACCCAUCAGAUGCAUUUCUGUCUCUAUCUUCUUGUUUGGAACAGUCUUGAAAAAUGAAGGCUUGUAUUUAAAAUGCCUUCUUUAGGAUAUUUUAUUUGUAUUUAUUUAUUUUCCAUGUUUCUCAGGUCUCUUGGUGGCUGUUACUAAAUAAUAAAAACAGUGCCAUGAAAUGACCAAGGGAGACGUUUCAGGGAAGAGUUUAAUAGGAGCUCGUUUUUCAUGCAAUACCCAUGGAAACAACCAAUUUCCUGCAAGAAGAAGGUGCCCAACCCUUCACCCUUCUCCCAGGGCUGAGAUGACAGCAGCCAUCACCAUCAGCAGUGCUCCCAGCACUCCAAACAGCACCAAGCCUCAGGUUGUCCCUAUCACAAAGCACCUUCACAUAACUGAAGGAGUGAUGCCAUUCCAGCUCACUCAAAGUGGAGCCUUUUUUCCCCCCCAAAAAUGUAUCAGAUAUGGAGAGUCCCUCAUCACAGGGGAUGCCCUUGGGUGGAAUCAUUUUUCCCAUCUUUUAAUGCUCAGAUACUGCCAGCCCAGCAGUACUGCUGGGGUGAGAAGGGACAGGAGAGGGCACUGUUUUACCUUGGUGAAUGGCACUCUCUUUUUCUCCAUCGGGGAAUCAUCCAUGGGAAACCCCUUCGGUAGGGAGGACAGAGACAAAAAAGAGCCCAGAGAGCCCAGGGUGUCAUCAGCAUUUACUAAAGGAAUCACACUUUUGGAAGCAGUUGGUAUUACUGGAAAGAAGGAAAAAAAAAAUACAGAAAAAGGAACUAAUCCAUUACCCAAAAGGAUUUUUUUUUUUUCAUUUUGUGUGUUAAAGCCAAUGAUGCUUUGCAGAUGGGCCAAGAUCUCAUUUUUCCUGCUUAUACCCAGGUCUCUGCCAGAAGCUGCUGUAGCAAUUGUUUAGAAUAAACAUCCGAGCCUGUCUUGACAUGGGGACGCAUUUAUUAUCCUUGUCAUUUCUUCCCUCAAGAAAUCCAUUGGGUCAUUCAAAGAGUACCCAAGCUGCUCUCCAAAAAGGGGGGAGAGAUGAGCUGCUUAUACAUACAGAACACUGGUGUCUUCUCCCUCUUACUGUUUUCAGAUAAGCAGGGUGACUUCUUCCAGAAAAAUCCUUUUCAAAAAGGAAUUUAUCAAGAAACUUAAAAAAACCCCAAAACACCUAAAUAAAAACACACACAAAAAAAAAUCUAGAAAGACAACCACUGGCAGGGCCAUUAGAAACACUGAAGUCCUAGAACCUGUGAUGUGUAGGAAUUUGAUCUCAAAAUCUCUAUCUGUAAUCUCCUUUAUCAAUAGCAGCCAGAAGGGCACAUGGAAUGAGGGGUUAUAUCUGAUGAGGAAAAUCCAUCACAGAGGAGUUGCCAGGUGUGCAAGUUGUACUGUGAACAGCUGGAUUUGACCUGUAGCUCCCACUAGCUCCAUCACAACCCUUAGGGUGUUUUUUUACCUUUUUGCCAGCAUGUGUGGAGACCAUAUGUUAUCAUGGCAUCACUAGAGGUCCUGUGGGGAGAGGGAUAUUGCUGUGGUGUUUAUACAAAACCACACACAUGAUGGUGUGGUUGUACAGUAUCCACUGAAACCUCCUUAUGGAAAGCCACCCUUGAAUUAGGAGCACGUUCACGCCAAGACUGACCACGCUGGGCUGAGCAUUGGCCUAAAAUGCCUUCACCUGACAAGGCCCUUCAAUUCUUUGUAUUUCUGUACUCUGACUCUUCUCCCUCACAUCUCCAACCCCAGCUCCUCCCAAACAAAUGAAGUUGGCUUGCAUUUUGUGAAGGUGUGAAGUUGCCACCUCGGUGGCAGAGAACCUACGAGCACACACGUGACAUCUGGGACAGGUGAGAGAUGUCUGAACAAGGAGUGAAAUACCACUGAGACUUGAGUUGAGAUUCAGGUUCUGACUCAGAAUUAUUUUAUCUUCUCAAAGCUGCCACCUGCCCACUUUAAAUGGCCUUGGAGCCACAAGAUUUGGCAGGAAAUUCAUUAUUUUGAUGUUCUUUGAUCACUGUGCACUUUCUUGGGGCUUGAAUUGCUGGAUAUAGAGAUUGGAAUGGGCUUACAGAGCUUUCUAUCCAAGUGUUUUCCCAUUUAUGUAUGAUUCUCCAGAUCUGGGAAUGGAAUCUUUCUGUUAACGUGACAUGGUGAUAUUCUGCAGGUGGGGCACCUGGGAUGUGCCACCAGUGCUCCCCUCUCAAUGCCAUUAAGCUCCUGGGUGCUGCUGGGAUCUGUCACGGUGCAGUGGGAGCUCUCAGGUAGCAGAAAGGAGCAAGACCAGAGUAAAAUGGUGAGUUUGUAGCUGGUCACUUUGCCACUCUUGGGAUGGAGUCCAUCCUCUGGUUUGGUAUCUGCUGUCAGUUUAGGGGUAGGGCCUUGCACAGCUGUGUUUGAGUUACCCUUUGGUGUGCUACAAUUAUCAGAUCAUUGCUUUUACUUCAGUGUCUCCUUGGGGAUUUGCCCUGGAAUUUUUGUUCCACACCUCUUGUUAGCCUCACCUUCACCAAUCCACUAUUUUAUAUGAGAAAGUUACUUCUUCUUUUGCAAACUUGCUUCUAAUUAAAAGAAC